AGACCCGGAUGCAGAGCUUACAGCCUGAUCCCAAAGCCCGGUACUCGGGCGCGUUCGAGGCCCUGAGGACGAUUGUCCAAACGGAAGGUGUCUGGCGGCCUUUACGUGGAAUCAACGUGACUGUGGUUGGAGCCGGCCCGGCUCACGCUUUGUACUUUGCCUGCUACGAGAAGAUGAAACGCACUUUAAGUGACAUUAUUCACCACAGAGGCAACAGCCAUCUGGCCAACGGAAUAGCUGGGAGCAUGGCCACAUUACUCCAUGAUGGUGUCAUGAAUCCUGCUGAAGUGGUGAAGCAGCGCAUGCAGAUGUACAACUCCCCAUACAAGAGUGUCUUGGAGUGCAUGCGGACGGUGUACCGGACUGAAGGCUUGGGAGCUUUCUACCGUAGCUAUACCACUCAACUCACCAUGAACAUCCCCUUCCAAGCCAUUCACUUCAUCACCUAUGAGUUCAUGCAGGAGUGGUGGAACCCCCACCGGCAGUACAGCCCUGGCACGCAUGUGAUGUCAGGCGCUGUGGCAGGAGCUGUGGCCGCGGCCGCUACGACUCCGUUGGAUGUCUGCAAGACUCUUCUCAACACUCAAGAGAACAUGGUCUUGACUUCUGUGAACGUCAGCGGCCACCUCUCGGGGAUGGCCAACGCCUUCAGGACAGUGUAUCAACUGGGGGGUGUCGCUGGUUAUUUUAAAGGAGUCCAAGCACGGAUGCUCUACCAGAUGCCUUCAACGGCCAUUGCUUGGUCUGUCUACGAAUUUUUCAAAUAUUUGCUGACGAAGCGCGAGCUGGAGAAAAGAAGUCCGAGCUGAUGGAUCCCCCCCUUUUUUUUAGACAUGAGUGUCUCCACGCCCAGGGUCCUUUCAUUGCCUCUAAAAGGUUCUGAGAGCUCCACAGCUGGAUUCCAGUGUGGGUGGAUGUGUAUGUUGGAUGCUCGAGAAAUGUCAUUCUCAGCCUUCCCUCCUCCUCCUGCUUUUUUUUUUCCUAAACCAAAAUUAUUUAAAGAAUCAUCCAUAAAACCAAUUUCUUCCCUGUGGAGUCGAGAACCACAAUAAUAAUUUUUGUAGAUGGUUGUGCUUAUUUCCUCCCUGAAAGUGUGUUAGGGAAAGGUAAGAAAAAGAUGGAAUUCUUGUGGACUGGGCUUCUUGUUAUCUCCUUACAACCAUAAAGAGGAAGCCUUUGAGUUGAACAAAGUUUUAUAUUCAGAAAUUAUGUGACAUAACUAGAUGGAUAAUGUUUAUCCUUUAUUUUUCUAUAUGGGUGAUUUGGGUGGAUUUUUUUUUUAGCAGAGUUAAAACUGAAUGUGUGUGUGUGUGUAUGUGAGUUUUAAAAGGGCUGAAAUCUUUUUUAGAGUUGUGAGAUACACCAUCUCCCUUGCAUUGCGAACCUUCUUGCCCAGUAUCUCUGAUGGGAGUGGUACUCUCCCUACCAGGCUUAGCAGCCCGUAGAUUAUCCAAUGUGAAGACAACUUGAAAUGAUUUAAGACAUUGGGCAGUUGGAAAAUCUCCCUUGCCAUGUAUUUCCCCCUUUUUCUUACAUUGGGAGUGGUGGCCGCUUCUGCUAAUAACAGUUUUGACUCUUCACAGAUGGCUUAAGUGUGUUGAGCCCAUUUUUUUAGCAAAGACUCCAAACUGCUAAAGGUACUUUGAAAUGCGGAGAGAAAUUGCAUCUCAGUUCUUGUGUGGGUUUUGUGGCUUUUAAUUUAUUCCUGCUUCUCAGCUUCACCAGUAUUUUCGCUGCAGAUGGGAGUGUGAGGCUUAAAUCACAGAGGGUCCUGCGGUCUCUGGCUUGCAUUUGUGGCCGACAGAGAUUGCCUUCUGGGAAGCUUACCAGGAGGUGUACAUUGGGGUUGCACAAACUCUCAAAAGCCUCACUCCAGGCACAAAGGAGCCUUGGGCAGGACUCUGGCCAAAGCAUACAUCUGAAUGAUUUCCCUGAACCACAGCAGAGCACUUCUUAAGUCCCUUACCAAACUACAUAUCCCAGCAUUUCAUAGGAUGGAGCCAAAGCCGUGGGGGCAGAACUGAACCGCCCCAGUUCUACAGGGCAGAUGUACAUUCAAAGUCCCAACCCUGCUUUUUCCCUUGCUUGCGUCCGCUUUUGCCUGGUUCGUAGGUGGGCCUCCAUCUGUUGCACUAGAGCAUGUGUAAAUUCACACCUGCCGGUGGGGGCAGGACAUCAAGUUUACAUUCCUGUAAGACCACCCUUUUUUGUGCUGCUUAUCCUAAGAAGAAAGACUGACAGGGGAAGGCAGCUGUUUGUUGUGAGGCCGCACUAAAAAUGUGGAGCCGAAGAGCCUUAGCAAAGGAGAAUGUAAAGUCAGACUUCCCUCUGAAGUCAACCCCCUCCCAUGUAUGUGUGUGCAUUCUCUACGUUAACUGGCCUGUGCAAAUGAAGUUGUGUGUGGAGUAGUUUCAGCACUUGUGACAGAGACGUGUGUAUCUCUGAAGUCUUACAGCAUCUGUAGUGCCCACAGGUGCCCCUUGUCCACCCAGAGGAGAGAGAGUGGAAAACCUUUCGCCUUCCACCUGUUUUGGACAACAACACCCGUAACUCCUUCAAUGAUGGCCGUGCAGCCUAUAGACAAUGGGACUUACAACCCAUUACCUAGAGGGUCCAUGAUUCUUCAUAUCUACAGGGUCUACGAUUCUUAACUUUGAUUCUAAAUUCUGCAGUUUGCGAACUUCAGUUUUCAACUAGAUGGACUCUCUCCAUUUGCUCCUUUCAUUCUUUUUCUUUUGCUCUACACUCUCUUCUGGAAAACUGAAAAGAGUUUAAUGGCAAUCCUCUUUCAGGGUUUUGCAGGUAGAGGAUACUCAGAAGUGGUUUUCCAUUCCCUUCCACUGGGGGCGCCCUGGGACUGUGCC